UAACGGGGAAUCUCCUAGUUUCUGUGAGUCAGUGAGUUUUGCGCUGAGAGGCAGAUGCAGAGACGCGCGAUGGGCUGGACUUUAAGGGAUGCUUGGAUGAAUGCUGUUGUUGAACGCAAACACCUAUAAAAUGCUGCCUUGGAAGAAGAACAAGUUCGACUUGAUUGAGGAAGACAAGCAGACCAAGCAGAAGGGCUAUGCGGUGAGUCUCAACUACUCAGCGCUCACCUCCUUCGCCAAGUCCUGCCCCGAGAGCGCGCUCAGCCGCGUGGGCAGCAUGUUCAAGUCCAAGCGGAAAAAGGUGAAGAUCACCAGCGAUGACCCCACCUACACGGUGCUGUACCUGGGCAACGCCACCACCAUCCAGUCCAAAGGAGAGGGCUGCACGGACGUGGCGGUGAGCAAGAUCUGGGGCAAAAGCGAGAUGGGCAAGAACGGCACCAAGAUGAAGCUGACCAUCAGCUCGCAGGGCAUCCGGAUGGUGCAUGUGGACGACAAGGCGAGGAGGCCGGGCCACUUGUACCUGCUGCACCGGGUGACGUACUGCGUGGCGGACCCGCGGCUGCCCAAGGUUUUCGCGUGGAUUUACAGGCACGAGAUGAAGCACAAAGCAGUGAUGCUGCGCUGCCACGCGGUGCUGGUGUCCAAGCCGGAGAAAGCCAAGGCGAUGGCGCUGCUGCUGUACCAGACCUCUGCCACCGCGCUGGCCGAGUUCAAGCGCCUGAAGCGCAGGGACGACGCCCGGCACCAGCAGCAGCAGCUCAUAGGCGAGCAGACCAUCCCGCUGGUACCGCUCAGGAAGCUGCUGAACGGACAGUGUUGCUACAAACCCCCGGUGGAGCGCAGCAGGAGCGCGCCCAAGCUGGGCUCCAUCACGGAGGACUUAGUCGGGGAGGAGGAGGAGGAGAAGGCGAUGCACUUCGAGUGCGAGGACAUUCUGGACACGGACAAUGUGAGCAACGGCAAACACGAGCUCACGCAGAUUAUUAAUGACUUGGGAGAGAUGAGCAUAGGAAACGACGUGCAGACUCUGAAAGCUGACCUCAGGGUGACCAGACUCCUGUCUGGGGAGAGCACGGGGAGUGACUCCUCCAUAGAAAGCAACCAGGAGCCUCCACCACUGAAUAAUAACGGCUUUCAGGAGGUGAAGGUGCUGGAAAUUGUCUGAACAGGUUCAGAUAUUUCUCCUGUUCAGUUUCGUUUUUUGUCAGGCACAUUUUCUCUCUCCAUAAUAGCAUUUCUUCAGCCAUGUCGGGAAGUGUCAGAUCUGUGCCACACUACAUGUGAGAACCCACUCUUAUUUGGAAGUUCUUAGGCUUUUCAGAUGCAAAUUCAAGUUUGAAUGCAUUUACAUCUGAGACAACCAAAUCCUGGGGUGCCUCAGGACACAGUGCUGUAAUACCGUCUUCUUUAUUUAAGAGGAUUUAUUGUAGCAUUAAGCUUGUUUACCUGACUUCUUUCCUCACUUGAAAUGGCUUUUUUUUUAUUGGAACGUGCUCGUCUUGAUCCAAAACAUCCUUACAUUUUUUUAAAAGUGUUUUUUUUGUUCUCAAAAAAGUGGAUCUUAAAAAGCAUCUGUUAUUUCAUGGUCAGGGUGUAUUUGUAACACUCUGUUGACUCAUUUGACGCUGAUAUUUUGCACUUCUGUCUUUUUUGUUAUCUUGUACAUAUUCUCUUCUAUUUUUUAUUUUGUUGGUAUGUUGUCUGAAACAUAUGUCAUAUCUUUGCUGUGCAAAAGAAGAGCAAAACGUUAUGUACUGAGAUGUAAAAGGAGAUGUUUUGAUUAUAAAUGUUAUUUUUCAAUAAAAGACCAAAUGUGGUUUCAUAAGUGA